AUGUCAAUGGAUAUUGUUAUGAAGUCAGAUGAGCAGCCGUUCAUCUCUGCGCCUGUAUGCUUUAAAACGUUCGCAUUUUUCGCCAAAGCAUCCGCAGAGGAAUGCAAACUUCUCUUCGGGCUCCAACGCUCGAGAAAGUUUCCAGCAGGCCACGGGGCUCUCGGAGAAGAUCACGGAAGACAUUUACCGCCAAAUUGACGUCUCCCACAUUUCGUCGAUGGUCUUCAACAGAGAAAUGGACGGUGGCAUCGAGAGAAAUCGGCUCGGCUCGCAAGCGAUUCUGCUCGACGAGAACUCCAGGCGCCGCAAUCCACAGUUCAAAUCGAUCGCGCUCCGCUCUCCGCUACGAUCACAUCGAUCAUAGAGCGUUGGCAAGGAAAUCGCCUCAUCUGAUGCCUCCGACUUUUAUCAAAGAGGAAAUUAUGGAUGAUGAGCUCGACGAGGUGAAGGAAGAAGUGGUUUCCGUUGGAGAAGCCGCCUUGCCCACGCCAAAAGUCGAACUGAACAUGGACCAUCCGGAAAAGGACCUGAUCAUCAGCAUUUCCGUGUAUCUCGGCUACACCCGUACCCUUCAAUACCACGAGAUUCGCCUCGGACGUUUGAUGAAGAUCACGGAUCGGCUCGAGCUCACCGGAGAUCACACGCUUCGCGAUCUGAAAAACGCGUUCUCGUGCCCCAUCGAUUUCUCGUUUUCCGACGAUUUUAGCGAGAAAAAGCCGUCGUUCAAGGAUAUGGCGAAAAAUAAGUGGCCGUCGACGAUGUUCUUCAUUCAUGACACGUUUUAUAUAUAACUGGAAAUAAUUUAAUAUUUUUCGAACAAAUUUGAAAACUAUAAAACCAUCUUAUUUUGAUAAAACUCCGCCGCUGCUC